CUUUAAAUCUCUGGGAAGAUCUGUUCCGAAUUUACUACUUCUGGAUUGGCUAAAAUCUCUUUAAAGUGUGUGCUUUGUUCUCUAAAAGGCUUAGGUCAGUUGAGCAACAAGCUGCUCCUGUUUUCGUAUUUUUUUUUUUUUUUUUUAGAAAAAAGGCUGAGUAAUGCUGGAGCUUUCUCGUGUGGCUGAUGCAAACCUGGAGAAUUUGCAUCAUCAUUUAGCUGUAGUAAGUUGGUGUGACAGGCAGGCGCUUAAAUACAAGCCCAUGAGGAAGCUGAGCUGGUUUGUAAUGAUAGGGCGGCAGCAGGAGCAGCAGCAGCAGCAGCAGCAGAGUGGUAGAACGAGGAGAUGGAGAACUGAGAGCACGAUGCGUACACAGGUGUUUCUGAGUAGUAAUUAGAUCGCUGUGAAGGACAAAGCACACCUUUGAGUUGUUACCUGUGAACGAAGUAGCUCUGAGAGAGACAGUCUGAAAGCAAAGAGGAAGACAUCAAUCAGUAACACCAAGAGACACCAAAGUUGAAAGUUUUGUUUUCUUUCCCUCUGGUUUAUUUCAACCCUGUGUGUCCCUACUAUGGUCAGAAAGCCUGUUGUGUCCACCAUCUCCAAAGGAAGUUACCUGCAGGGAAAUGUUAACGGGAGGCUGCCUUCCCUGGGCAACAAGGAGCCACCUGGGAAGGAGAAAGUGCAGCUGAAGAGGAAAGUCACUUUACUGAGGGGAAUCUCCAUUAUCAUUGGCACCAUCAUUGGAGCAGGAAUCUUCAUUUCUCCUAAGGGCGUGCUGGAGAACACAGGCAGCGUGGGCAUGUCUCUGACCAUCUGGACAGUGUGUGGGGUCCUGUCACUGUUUGGAGCCUUGUCUUAUGCUGAAUUGGGAACAAGUAUAAAGAAAUCCGGAGGUCAUUACACAUAUAUUUUGGAAGUCUUUGGUCCAUUACCAGCUUUUGUACGAGUCUGGGUGGAACUGCUCGUAAUACGCCCUGCAGCUACUGCUGUGAUAUCCCUGGCGUUUGGACGCUACAUUCUGGAACCAUUUUUUAUUCAAUGUGAAAUCCCUGCACUUGCAAUCAAGCUCAUUACAGCUGUGGGCAUAACUGUGGUGAUGGUCCUAAAUAGCAUGAGUGUCAGCUGGAGUGCCCGGAUCCAGAUUGUCUUAACCUUUUGCAAGCUCACAGCAAUUCUGAUAAUUAUAGUCCCUGGAGUUAUGCAGCUAAUUAAAGGUCAAACGCAGAACUUUAAAGACGCCUUUUCAGGAAGAGAUUCCAGUAUUACACGGUUGCCCCUGGCUUUUUAUUACGGAAUGUAUGCCUAUGCUGGCUGGUUUUACCUCAAUUUUGUAACUGAAGAAGUAGAAAACCCUGAAAAAACCAUUCCCCUUGCAAUAUGUAUAUCCAUGGUCAUUGUCACCAUUGGCUAUGUGCUGACAAAUGUGGCCUACUUUACGACCAUUAAUGCUGAGGAGCUGUUGCUUUCAGAUGCAGUGGCAGUGACCUUUUCUGAGCGGCUACUGGGAAAUUUCUCAUUAGCAGUUCCGAUCUUUGUUGCCCUCUCCUGCUUUGGCUCCAUGAAUGGUGGUGUGUUUGCUGUCUCCAGGUUAUUCUAUGUUGCGUCUCGAGAGGGUCACCUUCCAGAAAUUCUCUCCAUGAUUCAUGUCCACAAGCACACUCCUCUGCCAGCUGUUAUUGUUUUGCACCCUUUGACAAUGAUAAUGCUCUUCUCUGGAGACCUCGACAGUCUUUUGAAUUUCCUCAGUUUUGCCAGGUGGCUUUUUAUUGGGCUGGCAGUUGCUGGGCUGAUUUAUCUUCGAUACAAAUGCCCAGAUAUGCAUCGUCCUUUCAAGAUCCCGCUGUUCAUCCCAGCUUUGUUUUCCUUCACGUGCCUCUUCAUGGUUGCCCUUUCCCUCUAUUCGGACCCAUUUAGCACAGGCAUUGGCUUCGUCAUCACUCUGACCGGGGUGCCUGCAUAUUAUCUCUUUAUUAUAUGGGACAAGAAACCCAGGUGGUUUAGGAUAAUGUCAGAGAGAAUAACCAGAUCAUUGCAAAUAAUUCUGGAAGUUGUACCAGAAGAAGAUAAAUUAUGAACUGAUGAAUAUGAGAUCUUGGCAAUCUGCCCAAGAGAAGACACACAAUAGGGAUUUUUACUUCGUCUUUUGAAAAUCCAGGGAAUUCUAACUUUGGUGAUAAACUAAAGGAGUCAGUUAUUUCUAUUCAUAUAUAUCAGCAUAUUCAAACUAAUUUCGAAGAAAUUUAGUUCUAACGCUAUGUAGUUACAGAAAACGAAUAUGCCGUUCUAUGAGUUGCACAAUUCUUGAGUCUCUGAUACCUACCUAUUGGGGUUAGGAGAAAAGACUAACGGAAUAGCCAAUUACUAUGUGGUCAUUCUCUACAAUAUAUCUUAGCAUGGCAAAGAAAGUUCUCAUUGAAGACUGAGAUUUUUUCUGUGUAUAUGGGCUUUGUAAACAUGGUUUAUACAUCAUAGAUGACUAUGCUGUGAAAAGUGUUUUCAAUUCUGAAAGAAAAAAGGAUACAUCAUGAUUAUGGCCGAGAGGAAAGAAAGAAAUUUAUUUUACAUUGACAUUGCAUUGCUUCCCUUUAGAUACCAAUUUAGAUAACACUCCUGCUUUAAUGGAUUAUACCCAGAGCAUUUGAACAAAGGUCAGAGGGGAUAUGUUGAAUACAUUAAAGAGGAGUUUCUAGGGGAUACUGUUUAUGAGACACAUCCAGGAAUCAUGCUUGAGUAAAAAUCCUUGAGAAUUUAUUAUGUCAGAUGUUUUCUCUUCAUUAUCAGAAAGUUUUAUAGUCAUCUGUCUUUUUUUUUCCAAUCAGUUUGAUCAGGAAAAUAUGUAACACUUCUUAGAGGAAGAGUCAGUUUGGUAUUAAAUCCUCUUAAGAACAACCACCUGUUUCACUAAUAAUUUACCCCUGAUAAAUUAUAUCUAAACCUACGUACUUUUAAAUCUUCAAAUUACAUUGUCAACAUGAGAGAAAUCACUGACAAAGAAAAUGUCCAAAACAAUAGUCCCAUAUCUAUAAUCAUAUCUACAUUCAAUGUUAGUAAUUCUGAACAAUUUUUUAAAUUUAUGACUAUUUUUACAUAAUGAUGAAUUUUGACACUUUGUGCAUUUUCCUGAUACAUUUUAUAUUCUGUUAAAAUAUCUCUUCGUAUGAAACUGUCCAGAUUAAUUAGAAAAAGGCAUAUAUUGACAUAAAAAUUGAGAAGGAAAUGUUACUGCUAACUAGAACUUACAACUGAUGAUUCUAGAAAAUUUCCACCUCUAUAUUUAGGCUUUGUCAGUAAUUUCCACACCUUAGUUAUUAUUUAACUUGCAAAAGGGAUAAUUGAUAAGAAGAAACUUGAAAGGAUGAGAAACUGUGGAUGAACGUUUAUGUUCAGAAGACGUUUUUAUGCCAGUAUUAGAAAAUAUUGUGGGCUGGGCACUGUGUAUCACACCUGUAAUCCCAGUACUUUGGGAGGUUGAGACAAGCGGAUCACGAGGUCAGGAGUUUGAGACCGACCAGCCUGGCCAGGAUAGUGAAACCCUGUCUCUAUUGAAAAUACAAAAUUAGCUGGGCGUGGUGGCAGGCGUCUGUAAUCCCAGCUGCUCAGAAGGCUGAGGCAGGAGAAUUGCUUGAACCCAGGAAGGGGAAGUUGUGGUGAGCUGAGAUUGCACCACUGCACUCCAGCCUCAGCGACAGAGGAGACGCUAUCUAAAAGAAAAAAAAAAAAAAAAAAGGAAAGAAAAUAUUGUGAAACUUAUAAAUGAGAGAAAUAUAAUGAUGAAAUUAUUUAAACUGUAAUUUAUAAAUAUCUAAGAUAAAAUGCUUAGUCAUGGCCAAAGUAUAUUUCAUCCUUUAAUUUUUGUCUAUUUGAAAAUAAGGAGUUUUGAAAGAAUUAUACCAAUUAAAAUUAUUAAAGGCAAACAGAGUUCAUAGACAAUUGUCCAAAGUAGAAAUGAUGACUUACAAUUUGGAGCAUUUCCAAGUCAGUAAUUUCAAUUUUUGCUCUUGAAAACAUUUCAUAUAUAUCCAAGACUGACAUUUCUUUAGCCAAACCUAAAGAAAUGUUUGGGUCUUUAAGUGAAUUUAUAACAACCCCUUCCUUUCUUAGCACAGAGUUUUCAAAAUUUGAUUUAUAAUUCCUAUUUCCAGCAAACAUUGUUCAUUUGUCUACAUCUCUCCCUAUCAUAUGUUGCUUGAGGUAAGAAUUUCUUUUUUAUUUCUAUUUUUUUCCCAUAGUCUAGGUUCAUAGAAUUUAAACAAGAAACGUUUUCUGAGCUUUUUCUUGCCAAAUGAUAAAGACUGGUAAAGUCUCAUGGAAAGUUUGUGUAGUUCUUUGCUAUUCCUGGGGUUAAUGUGCUUAUAUUCACAGUGGCAGAUUGGUCUCAGCAUUUAAUUAAUUAAUUAAUUUUUGAUUUGAAUUUCUCUUUAAAAGUACCAAUUUAAAAGGUAACUAGAAUUAUUCUUUCUCUUACUUUCAAAAGUGGUUUUUGCAUUAUUAAAUUUCUCUGCCUUUGUAAUGCCGUUUUAAGCAGGAAAAAAGUCAAUCAGUAAUUAAGAAACAAAGUGAUGGAGAUUAAGUUGUAUUUUGGCUUAUUUUUAGGACACGUCAUGGCAAAACACAGAGUUCCUUUAAUCAGGAAAUCAGUAUUCAUAAUUUUCAUUCAAAACAGUAUGCAAAGCAGAUUCUAGUUCAGAAACUCUCCUGCACAUUUAUUUAUAUGUACAUUUUUAUAUAAGUAAAAUUUUUCUCAUAUUUUUAUAUUAUAUGCACAUCCAUACACACACAUACUACUACUACAUGUGCUGUACCUGUACUUUAUACCGUGCAUAUUCAAAUGUUUAUACACAUAGGUUUAUUAUAACAUGGAAAGCAAAGUUAAUGAAUAGUGUUUAAAAUAACUAAUCUACUAUUUUUUCAAUUUUGUAGGGAUGGAGUCUCAAAUAUUUAAUUGUGAUUUUAAAAGAUCGAGUAAAGACUGCUAAAGCUAAAACACAAUUUGAUUUUAAAAAGAAUGAUUCUUUUUACACAAUCACAAAUAUUUGCAGUACGUAUUUUCCUCAUGGUACUGUUUUGUCCCCAUUUAAAAGUAUUAGAUUAUAUUCCUUUGAACAAAUGAAAACUGAGCCAUUAGAAAUGGUUAGCUGAAAAUAAACCCUAUUAUUUUCCUUCUUUAGAAGAGUAAAGAUUUGUCCUAGGGAAGAUGACUGACUUCAGUUCCAAACAUGCAUAUGCAUUUAAACUGUAGCUCCUCAGCCCUGUGGACACAAAAUUAGGACAGCUUAUUAGGUUACACCUGCAAUGCAUGGUGGUUUCUCUAACACUAAAAUAUUCGGAUUGAAACAGAUUUGCUGUUUGUUUUAUGUGUCUGGUAAAAUUGUUUCUCCCUACUAUUGGAUAUAUCAGUAGAGGGUUAACAAGAGUAUAAUUACACAACAGAAUUCCUCAUGAACUGUAAUAAGUCUACAGGAAACUCAUUAUUUUAUCUUGAUUUGCAGAUGAAUAUACUGCUAAGAAAGGGAGUAACUCUGGCCUUUGUUAAAGUUGAUCUUUUAUAACUGAGGUAUAGGGUAUGAAAGAUAAAAAACUGAAGUUCAGAGAAUCAGGAAAUGAAAGAUAGUAUGUGACUGAAGGUAAUAAUAUUUUAAUGUUAUGCAAUAUAGUCAGAGAAAUAUUAAAAAUUAGUUGUCCGUUGUGCAUAGGCGGAUAUCCCAAGAAGCUAAUGAAACCUAAACUUCAGUGCCCCUCACUUAGACAUGCUCCGUUCGAGUUCCUGAAACUAAUUUUGCGUCAGGAAUUCUAUAUUAAUUUUGUUGAAGAAGACCAGCAAAGUUGUGUACACUUCUAGUCCCACAAAAUCUGCCUUGUCCCCAUGAGUACGGUAAAAUAAUUUCUGUUACUUUUUUCUAUUAGAAAUAAAUAUGGAGGAUAUAUUUUUUUAAAUUUAACUUAUGAGUUAAUUGGAAUAUCCAUAUAUAACAAGUGGCUUUCUCAUCAUAUAUAUGAUGUGGUAUAUAGGGAGAUAUUUUCACCUUCAUCAUAUUUUAUAUGCUGAUUCUGAAUUAUAGAAAAACAAUAAAUGGGAUUUUAAUUAUAGCUCUUUUUCUUAGUUAGGAAAGAAACAUAGAGAGAUGUGGGAUUUGAAUGCCCAUCAGUCAAGACAUUUUAUUUUACUUGAAUAUAUUCUUGCUUCACUUUACCCUCCAUAAUAUGUAGUACGUUGGUGCUGAUCAAGUUUACUGAGUUACAUUUUGCUUUCUUAACCAUUCAAAGUGAGGAGUUAAAAUAUGGCAUUGUGUAACUGGGAAGAAGCCCAUCGUGGAUAUAAACUAGAGUAGAUAAUGGGUCACCUUGAUAGCUUCUGUUUACAUUACUUGUAUAUGGGCAAAAUAAUUAUUACCUAUACAUGUAUUUAAGCUUAAUUUUCCCAUAAACAGUAUUUUUAAUCUGUGUUAAAAUAUAUAAUAUCUAAAAGUGUGAUCUCUAGGUACCCCUUAUUUUAUUAGUACAGUACCUAAAAAGAUUUUAAAAUAAUGUCUGAGAGCAUGAUGUUUAGGUAGUCCUUAGUUUAUUGGUACUGCUCUUAAAAAUGAUUUUUAAUAGUCAAUUUGGGGAGAUAAUUAUUUCUUCCCUUGUAUUUUCAAAUUAGUUGGUGUCUAAAAAUAAAUGUUUUGUCUAAUUUUAGAUCAGAUGUAGAUUCACAAAAGCAUAAAUCAUGAUCUCACAGGAAAUUCACCAAUUUUCCAUAUGUUGUGAGAUAAUUGUUCUUCCUUAACCUCAUAACAAUGAAUUUAUAUGAUUACCCAGAUUUUUUUAGUGUGAAUCUACCAAUUAGUUUUAUUUUCUUGGUAGUUAUUUUUCUCCCUCCUCUCUGUUACUAUUGACCUUAAAAUGUGCAGAAGAUGGUUACGAUCUCCUAAUAGCUAUCUGUUACAUGUGUGUGUUUCAGUGUACUUGAAUCAAGCAUACAUUUAUAGUAUAACUAUAACUGCCCUUACAGCUUUACAGCUAACAAUUCUCUCACAAAACUGUAGGGUGUCAGGCAUCUGAGAGCCAUACCGGGGGCCACACUUGUUUCGAAGUGAACAUGCUUCUUUUCCCUCAACGUGUACACUACUGAUUUUUUUUAAAGUAUGACUUUCAAGUGAAUUAAGAUAUUGGUUAGGAAACCUGCUUGCUAAGUCCUUAUUACCUCCUGUGGAAGCCUCAAAAAGCUGUGCUGAAAGCCAGAGGGGGAAAAAAUGAGUAAUGCAGAGGUAUCUCUUUUGCAGUGGUGACUGUAUUUCGAGUACCUUGUGUGACAGCGUAUUUUGUACAGCAUCUUGUGGGAAAACCUAUUAGGCCUUUUCAGGUUAAAGCUGUAUCAUUUGUUGGGUUGUGAGUGGUCUGACUUAAAUGUGAAUUAUAAAAUUAGACUUCAAAUAUUCCUACUAAUUAACUUUAUUAGAUGCAUCCUUGGAAGCACAGUCAUAUCACACUGGGAGGCAAUGCAAUGUGGUUCCCUGGUCCUAGGUUUGAACUGUCUUAUUUCAAAGGAUUUUUGAAUUAAUGUUUCCCUAGAAUUUCUCUUUCAUUCCAAAGUAGAAACAUACUUUGAAGAAAGAAACAGAUUGUUCCCAUGAAUGUAUGCUUAUACUCAACUAGAAAUGAUCUAUGUUAAAUGACUAUGUAUAUGAAUUAUUUCAAGUGCUAUCCCAUAGACUUUUCUUAUUGCUCGGAAAGAAAAAAAGCAAUGUAAAUCAUUAUGAUUAUUGCACAGACCACCAGAAUUCUCCAACAAUUUUGAGUAAUCUGAUCCUCUUCUUGGAGAAAAUUGUUACCUAAUAGUUUUUCCUUAUGAAUGUUAUUACUACUGCUAUAAAUCAAAUUUCUAUAAAUUUCCUACUUGAGCCUUAAGAACUGGGUUCUUCCUUUGAUGUUAUUCAUGUUCAGAAAGGAAAUGACAUUUUACUCUCUUAGGACAGUUCCUAGAAUCUAUAGUAGUAUUAGGAUAUAUUUUGCUUUAAAAUUGGUUAUUUUGAAUACAGAGAUCGGCCCCAAAUUUUUAUCUUUGCACAAUAGUAAUGAGUUUUCAGUAGUACUUCUCAACAUUUGGGAACUUCGCAAACAUAAGCAUCAUAUGUUUAAAGAGUGUAUCACUUAAUGCUACGAAAUAUAUUGUUUUUCUCCCUAUGCAAAACGGGUGAACAAAUGUUGCUGUUUUUUACUGAUAAUAAAUGUUAGCUACCUGUGAUUUUAUAAUGCACAUGUCAGAAAAAGGCAAGACAAACAGCCUUUUGUACUGAAUACUUGGCAAACUUAUUGGGUCUUAAUUUUCUGACAGGAUUUGACUCAAUAUUUGUACAGCUUGUGUAGAAUGGAUUAUGUGGUAGUGAUGCACUGGUAGAAAUUGUUUGUAGUUAUUGACUCAGAAUUCAUCUCAAGAUGAAUCUUUUAUGUCUUUUUAUUGCAAGUAUAUCUGAAUUUACUUUGUUGAAAUGGCUUUAGAAAGCUUUGUCUAAAAAUUUGGCCUAGGAAUGGUAACUUCAUUUUCAGUUGAUAAGGGGUAGAAUAAUAAUAUAUGUGUUGUUAUGUUUAUAUUAACAUAUUAUUAGGUACUAUCUAUGGAUGUAUUUAAAUACCUUUCAUAUCCUGUGACAAGCAUUUAUAAUUUGCAGCAGUGGAAUCCAUUUAGCCCGGUGGGAAAGUCUUGGAACUCAGGUUACUCUUGAGGGUUAUGCUGGCAGCCAUCUGUUUGAUCUGUGCUUAAAUUGUAAUUUAUAGACCAGCUAAAUCCCUAACUUGGAUCUGGAAUGCAUUAGUUACGACCUUAUACCAUUCCCAGAAUUGCAGGAGCAUCAUGGGUUUGAAAAUAAAAGAACAGAGAGAUCCAGGUGAGAAAGAGUGAUCCUCAGUAUCCUAACUGGUCCUCAACUCAAGCAGGCUUCUUCCCUCUGGCAUUAUGAUUAUGAAACUUAGUAAAGGGGUUGUGUGUAUUUUAUACAAAUUUAAUACAAUGUCUUAUAUUGACUGAUAAAUUCUUAAAGAGCAAAACUACAUUUUCUUUCUGCAUCUACAUUCUAAUCAUAUUAAGAGAACUAAGAUAUUUAUGAAGUUAAAUGGUGCAGAGAGACUUUCAUCUGUGGAUUGUGUUGUGUUUCUUAAGGUUCCUUGGCACUGAUGCCUGCACAAGCAUGUGAUAUGUGAAAUAAAAUGGAUUCUUCUCUAGCUAAAUGAUUUCCCUCUGGGGAGAGUUCUGGUGCAGCAAUCACAAUGCCAGAUGGUGUUUACAGGCUAUUUGUGUAAGUGGUAAGAUGCUAUGAAAUAAGUGUGUUUUCAUCUUAUGAAAACGAUGCAUGUGCUUUUGUAUGGAAUAAAUUUUGGUGCAAUAUGAUGUCCUUCAACUUUGCAUUGAACUGAAUUUUGGUUGUAUUUAUAUGUAUUAUAUCUGUCAUGCUUCUAGUUGCUUCAACCUUUUUAUAACCAUUUUUGUCACAUUUUUACUUGAAAAUAUUUUAAAUGGAAACUUAAAUAAAGAUUUGAUAGUUUACAUAA